GUCUGCUCAAAUUCCUGAAACCCUAAUGGAGUCUAAGGCAUAUGAUCCACAGCCAACUAAGAAUUCAAGCUUUAAAAUUCUUAGUCUGCCAAACGAACUCAUCAUUGAAAUCCUCUUAAGGCUACCAGUGAAAUCCCUCCUACAAUUCAAGUGUGUUUCAAAAUUUUGGCUUGCUGUAAUCUCUAGCCCUGAAUUUGUCAAGACCCAUCUCAGAAUAUCUGCUAAUAAUGACGAGGGUUACCCCCACCAUAGACUCAUGUUGAAAUUGAGUUACCCUCGGUACAAUCUUAUGGACUGUUCUGUUAGCUCUUUGCUUUAUGACUCUGUUGCUGCUAGGGCAGUUGAUUCACUACUAAAAAAUCCUGAUUUACCUACGGAAUUUACCGAGGGACGUCCAUCGGUAACCAGGAUUUACCGAGGGACGCCAUCAGUACUAGGCUUUGAUUUGGAUUAUCCUAUGAUAGAUCCCCGCGGUCAUGAAUUUAUUUGCGUUUUGGGUUCUGUCAAUGGGUUGUUUUGUUUUUCCAUUCCUAUUCCUGGAGACUUCAUUAUCUGGAAUCCAUCAAUUAGGAAGUUCAAGAAACUUCCUAAUCCUAAACGGGAAUGCUGUUACAUGUAUGGUUUUGGAUAUGAUGAACUUCAUGAAGAUUAUAAGGUAGUAAGUGUUUGCAGUUCUAACGAGGUUAACAUAUAUGGUCUAAAUAGUGAUUCUUGGAGAAGAAAUAUAGAUGAUGAUUUUCCGAGUUGGCGGCGACUGGAUAAGUCGGAGGGUAUAUUUGUGAAUGGGAAGCUUCAUUGGGCUAAUAAUACUUCUGAGAAUAAUCGUUCAUAUAUUAGUUGGAGCAUUAUUUGUAUUGGUUUGGCUGACGGGAAAUGGGGAAAGAUGGAGCUACCCUGCUUUAGGGAAAAAGAUUCUGAUGAUAUAAUGCCGUGCAUAUCAAUGGUGGGAAGUGAUCUUUGUGUGUCAUGUAAUAGUGAAAGCUCUCAUACAGAUGUGUGGAUUAUGAAGGAGUACGGGUUUAAAGAGUCUUGGACAAAGAUGUUUACCAUCAAGCGUCCUCAUAAUGUUUAUUUGGUUUCUCCCUUCUUUUGUACAUCAGAUAAAAGUGAAUUUUUGUUUAAAUUUGAUCAGCUUGCGUGGUUUACAAUCAAAAGAAUGACUCCAUCAGAUAUCAAGAGGUUACCAACUCUGCCAUCUUCCGGGAUGCAAAAAUCUACGUUGAAAGCCUAGUUUGGCCCUUUUGCGAGAAGGAGCCAAGGAUGCGAGGACUACCAGGGAUGAAAAAGCUCAGAUGAUAGUAAUUUAAUAGCUUCUCC